ACAGCUUCGCUUAGCAACGCCAGCAGCAGCGCUUAGCAACGUAAACAUGUCUGCCCCCAGCAGUCCUAGACCUGAAGAGGAACGAGGGGGGUUCCCACCAUCUGAGAACGAGGAAGCAGUUGUGCAAAGUGGACACGAAGAGGAAGAUGCAGGACAUGCCACUCCACCAGCGGCUGUUUCUCCCCCUGGGACAGCAAGGCAGGUGCCUCACGAAGAUGAUGGAUCAGCCCAGUUAUCUGGGGUGGAGCCAUUUAUACCCAAAAUAUUUGACCGAGAGCAGCCAGUGAACACCAGCAGUCAUAGCGUGCCAACUUCUUCUCAAGCCAGCAGCCAGAGAUCUACCCGAUCAACGAACAUGGAGCAGCUGGGAGAGUCAGGUGAAAUGGAAGCAAGAAUCUCCUCGCCAUACUCUGCUCUCAAUCCCUUCAGCCAACAACUGGAAGAAUAUAGUCGUGAAGGGGAAGAACAAAUGCCCACGGGAUCAAGAAGGGAAGAGACUGCACCAGAAGACGAGGACGAGGGGGAUGAGUCAGAUCUAGUGGUUCUGGAUCCUGAUCAUCCUCUGAUGACCAGAUUCCAGACAGCUCUCAAGAACUACCUCACUAAACAAAUCCAAAGCUUGGACCUGGAGCUAAAUGAAAUGAAUGCAGUAAUGAAGAAAAAUAAAAACCAGCGCGAGGAUCUUGGCGUAAUUCUUUACGGAAUACAGCAAGAGCUAGCCCGUCUCCAAAUGGGUCUUGAGAAGCAGCAUGAUAAACACACCCAGAUUUCCGUUCAACGCCAGCAGAAGGAGCAAGAGCUGGAAGCUACCCGCAGUCUAUAUAAAAAUAAUUACCAGCUUAUAUCCCAAGAGCGCAAAGAAGUCUCCACCAUGCAGACUGAAGUGGAGAACCUGGCUUUACGUCUCUUCUACAUGGAGAACAUGAAUAAAGAUACACGCUCAGAUAUUUCUGUGAUGAAACGCGCCGUCCAAAAGGCAGAGAUGGAGAAAAUGCAGGCUGAAGUGGAGAAACUCAAGCAGGAUAUGUUUGUGGAUCGACUGACCCGGGAAGCUGACCGUCUGCGGGAGCAGAUUUCCUUGUAUGAAGCACAAAUCGCUGCCCAACGAGAGGACACAAAGGCGGCCCGUGAAGCCGUUUCAGAGGCCAAUAUGGAGAUUGAAUCUAUUGGUUUGGAGAAGAAACAACUCUUCCAACAUUGGAACAGCAGUCUGAUUGGGAUGACAAGGCGAGACGAGGCCUACGCCGCUAUCAAGGAAGCACUCAGCCUGGCCCAGCAAGAGCUUCUCGCUAUGGACACAGAAAUUGAAAGCUAUAAGAAAUCGAUCACAAAAGAAGAGGACCGCAACGAACAGCUCACGUUUAUGUACAACCGCGCAGAAAGUGAUGCAGCCAUGACCAAGAAGCUAGUUGUUCAGUGCCAGGCCAGACAGGAGGCGCUGAGGGUGGAGUUUAGCACGUACAUGCGCACCCUGCAAGACACAGAGCAAGCACUAAGCAGAUCCACUGGGGAACGGGCUGGGCGUUUGGGCGAGCUGAACUUGCUCCGCAAGCAAAUUGAGAAAGAAAGUCAAGUGAAGUUGGCCCUGGAAAACCAGAUCAUGGAGAAGCUACAGGAGAAGAUGACAUCUGACAAGGCCACCAAAUAUUCUUCUCUUUUGGCUGAGAAGUUGCAGAAGCGUAAAUUAGAUCUGGAUAUUGAAUAUUCCAAACUGGAAAAUGAUACCGCACAGGUCCAGCUUGAGAUCAAUCACAGCUCAUCCCAGAUCAAAGCUCUUAAGAGGACGUUGGUCGAGCUGGAGAAGAACAUCCAGAGUACCACUGAGCUGAUCUCCCGUAGCCAGAAUGAGAUAUCUAAACGUACCAUAGCAAUUGAAAGGAAGCAGACCACCAUCAACUUAUUCAGCAAACAGAUAGAGGCCACUAUUGCACAAAUUGGGGGUAUAGAACUGGGACCUCUGGAGAUUCAGGUCACCUCGCUAAACAAACAGAUAGACGAGUGCAACUCUGAAAUAUUGGCUGUACAGCAGUACUGGCUGCGCCUGCAGACCGAGAUGGUGAAUCUGACCCGACAAAGGGAGGAGCAGGAUGCAUCAGUGGAGAUGUUGAAAAGAGAACUGACCAUUCUGCAGCAGAAAAAAAUCCGCACUGAGAAUGAAAUCGAGCAGGAAAAGAAUGAGCAGAAGGAUAUAGAUCAUCACAUGAAGAACCUAAAAAAUGACAUGAUCAGGUUGAACAUGUUGAUCAACAAAAAUGCCAGUUCAAAGGAGCAGCUCCGGCAACUCAACCAGCUGAUGGAGAACGAGUUCAUCAGUUCCCUCCGAGAAUCCGAGAGGGAAUUUAUUAUGAUGCAAGAGAACUUGGAACAUCUCCAAGAAGAGAAAGAGAGAACUCUGCAGAAUCUGGUGGAAACAGAACAUCAGAUUAUGCUUUGGGAAAAGAAGAUUCAGCUUGCUAAGGAGAUGCGGAACGCAGUGGACUCUGAAGCUGGCCAGGGAGAGAUUCGAGCUAUGAGAGCAGAGAUACAUCGCAUGCAGGUCAGACACACACAGCUGAUGAAACAGCAGGAAAAAAUGAUCCGGGACAUGGAAGCUGUGGUAUCCCGGCGAGAGACGAUCGUAGCCCGUGGACGCAACCUGAGUGAAAAAGACAAAAAGCAUCUCAUAGCCAGUGAGUUCCGUGGUAAACUGCAAGAGCUGAGAAAAGUGAUUAAAGAUAUUCAGAAGAACUCAGAGGAAUGUAACAGCACUAUCAGUGACCUUCAGGACUCUCAGAACUCACUCACUGCAGCCAUUGCGGACAAGCAGCAUUCCAUCUCCACCAUGAAACAAGAUGCCAGCUCGAUUGAGUUGGAAAUCGAACAACUUCAAGAGAAGAAACGUCAGAACCUUUCCAGAAUCGUAUCAUUCCAGACCCGUGCCAAGCACCUGCAGGCUGUAAAAGAAGGGAAGUACAAGCCAAUUUGUAACUCUCCACAAGUCCUGGAGGCAGAGCAACAGAAACAGGAGGCCCGCAUGCACAGCAUCAGCACUAUCGUCCAUCAGAUCCAGCAGGAGUAUCCCCAGUAUCAGAGCGCCCUGCGCGGAGUUAGUCUGGCCUUAGAGGGUCGACUGGGCGCCCCGGGAGACGUAUCUGAGAGGUCACAGUGAGAGGCAUGCCAGAUUGCCAUUUUCCUGCAAGACGUUGCUCAUUCUGCAGGAUGUGGAAUUCAGAAUCUCACUUUGUAAAAUCAGUUAAUAAGAGGGGAUCCCAAAGGAAGUUCUGUGAUUAAUUUAUUGGUUUCAGGGCAGGACUUCCAAGACCCGGCUGCAGAAUGAAAAUGCUUCCUGCAGGAAUAGGACAAUCUAAUAUGUUGUUGUAUAUGAAAUGCUGAAAAACAACUGUACAA